CCGCGGCGCCGCUCGCGGGGGCUGCAGCCAUUGCACAACCGAGCACCCCACAUUCAACAGGAGGGACCGCGGGAGCGGACCUCCGAGACCCCCGCAGCCGCCGAAGCCCGCGCCCUCGCGCCCCUGCGCCCCCCGCACCAUGGCCAAGGAAGGCGCGGAAAAGGCGGAAGAGACGGAGCAAAUGAUCGAGAAGGAGACAGGCAAGGAGCCUGCGGAGGGCGGCGGCGGCUCGCACCGACUCGGGGACACCCAGGAGAUGCGCGCCGUGGUGCUCGCAGGCUUCGGGGGGCUCAACAAGCUGCGGGUCUCCAGGAAGGCCAUGCCCGAGCCGCAGGACGGCGAGCUCAAGAUCCGCGUCAAAGCCUGUGGUUUAAACUUCAUUGACUUGAUGGUACGACAAGGGAAUAUCGACAACCCUCCCAAGACUCCUCUGGUGCCAGGUUUUGAGUGCUCGGGGAUUGUGGAAGCUCUGGGGGACAGCGUGAAAGGAUACGAGAUUGGGGACCGUGUCAUGGCAUUUGUCAAUUAUAACGCCUGGGCAGAGGUGGUCUGCACGCCCGUGGAGUUUGUCUACAAGAUCCCUGAUGAUAUGAGCUUCUCUGAGGCUGCUGCUUUCCCCAUGAACUUCGUCACAGCCUACAUGAUGCUGUUUGAAAUUGCCAACCUCCGAGAAGGGAUGUCUGUGCUCGUGCACUCAGCUGGUGGCGGCGUGGGCCAAGCUGUGGCUCAGCUGUGCUCCACUAUCCCCAAUGUGACUGUAUUUGGAACAGCUUCUACUUUCAAGCAUGAAGCCAUCAAAGACUCUGUGACCCACCUCUUUGACCGAAAUGCAGACUAUGUGCAAGAAGUGAAAAGAAUCUCUGCGGAAGGAGUGGACAUUGUUUUGGAUUGCCUCUGUGGGGACAACACCGGAAAAGGUCUCAGCCUUCUCAAACCCUUGGGAACCUACAUUUUAUAUGGUUCAUCCAACAUGGUGACUGGAGAGACCAAGAGCUUCUUUAGCUUUGCAAAAUCAUGGUGGCAGGUGGAGAAAGUGAACCCCAUCAAGCUAUAUGAAGAGAACAAAGUCAUCGCAGGGUUUUCCCUUUUAAAUCUGCUCUUCAAACAGGGCCGCGCAGGCCUCAUUCGAGGAGUGGUGGACAAACUCCUAGGGCUCUACACCCAGAAGAAGAUCAAGCCCACCGUGGACUCCCUGUGGGCCCUGGAGGAGGUGAAGGAGGCCAUGCAGCGGAUCCACGACCGAGGGAACAUUGGCAAAUUAAUUCUGGAUGUAGAGAAGACCCCGACUCCACUGAUGGCCAAUGACAGCACGGAGACCAGCGAGGCCGGAGAAGAGGAGGAGGACCAUGAGGGGGACGGUGAGAACAAGGAGCGGAUGCCCUUUAUCCAGUAACCCAGGACCCGGCCAGAACGAAGGAUGGUUUGAAAGAAGAGGAGCCACUGAAGAAAGCUCUUCUGUGCCCCAGUGAACAAAUGCUGUAGUCCAGUGCGUGUCGUGUUUGUCUGCAGUCAGCUGAGCUAAAAAGCUUUGAUCACUGUUGUUUUUUUGAAAUUAAGUGCCAACCCCAUUCCAUGCAGUGUUAUGUCCCUCCUGGUCUGUAUUACACUCUCCUAUCUUCCCUGUUUCAAAACCAACCAUCUUUGACUCCUUCUCGAUGGUUUUAGAACAGUCUGAUUAAUACAAGUCCACAGGCCCCAUGCCUAGGAGACUAGACAUGGGCAAAGACAACUUUGGAUUGAAAGGUAUCAUCAAAGAGCAUUAUCCAGAUCCUAGAAUUCUUCAGGCCAAUGACACUUUUCACUGCCAACCACCCAGGCCGCUGCUGAGAGCACUUGCCAAUUUGGCUGGCAGAAUGAGAAUAGGCCAGAUGAUUUCAUGAGCCCAUAAAUUUAUGAUCUCUCCAAAUAGUAUUUUCCCUUUCCCCCAACUUCCUUCAACUGCUUCACUGUCAGAAGGUUGAACUCUUGUUCUCUCACCUUCUGAUGCUCAAUCCCUUCCCUGGUUCUUAUCCAUAAGCACAGGGAAACUGAGAUGAAGUUUUCAGGAUAAAAGAUGGGUCAACAGCAUGUAUUUGAAGACCAGCCACAGAGAUUUCUCUCUGAAACCACAUCUCAUGAGCAAAAUCCCCUCCUCUUCCACUACAUAGAUUGUAUUUUAGUUUAAAGAAAACUUACCACAUGUGGGUCUAUAUUGGAAAUCAUUACUGAGAAUCACCUGUGUUUGCACACUUGCUUUUGGUAUUACCAAUUUUGCUACAUUUAUUUCCUAGAAGUGAACAGCCACAUUUACCAUGGAUCCCCCAAGGAAGACCUCUUUGGUAGACCAUUAUUUAAAAAAAAAAAAAAAAAAAUCAGUGAGUAUCCUUUUACUUGCCAAAGCAAGUUCCAACAUGUAACAAAUUCUAGUAGUAUAAGAAUUCAGUUUCAGAUGCCAAAUAUGUGGCUCCUCUCCUCUAAAAUAUAAAAUUAUGGUGCAGAUUCUUUGCAGGGACCCUGCAAUGGCCAAAUUGGGGACCAAACUCCUUGAUUACACACCUUUGUUCAAUUUUCCAGCUCCUAAACUUCUAAGAAACCCUGCCCUUUGCCCCACCCAACUUGGCAUGGCUGAGGUGAACAGUUCACCUGCAGGAAGAGAAAGAGGCUCAAUGUCUCCACCAGGGUGCUUCUCAUUCCCUCCUCCCAAAAAGGUGACUCCAUCCCUCCUAAACCAAGCUGGGAACACAAGAAGCCCACAGGGUUAGCACCACAGCUCACUUUACAUUCUGAAAGAUAUUGGGGGGGAGGGGGAGCGUGGGUCCUACAUUUCCCCAUCUCUCCACCAACGAGCCCUAAAGGUAGACCAACUCUUCCUCAAUGUGAUGAAAAAUGCAUUUCAGCAAUUACCUAUUUAAUUACCUAUUCAAUAUAAUUACCGAUUACCAUUACCUAUUUCAUUUUCAGUCCUUUUGUAACAAAUGUCACCUCCUUAAUCAUGUUCUUUUUUUUUUUUUCUCACCCUAAGCUUGUGAUGAUGACUUAUUUAUGUCAAAUAUUUAUUUGAAGGGAGGGUCUCUCGUUGUGAAUGUCCGUGUGAAAUAUGAAGACAAGAAAGGGUGCUGCCAUCUCAUGUGCAGAGAUGAGAGUGUCUCAAAGAGGACACAACAUCCUCUUCUCCCUGCACCCCAGGACUCCCCAGCAUCCCAGUUCUGAAAGAUGAUGCUGAAGUGUUAUCCCAAUACCUUUGCCAAAUGUAUUAUUAUUGAUCAUUCUUUCCCCCACAACCAAGCUGACAAUGGUGUCUUAAGAAGACCAUUUCUCUCAUUUUGUCCAGCUACCCAAGUGACAUUCCUGGUAAGCUGAACAGAAAUGGCAUUUUCUAGAGCUGGGGGAGCAAAGAGCCACUGGCCUUAUCAGGGCUCUCCUUGGCCAGGUGAGAGGGACCCCACAUUCUUGUUACAACCAGAGGAGAAGCCUAAAAGUAAUUCCUCCCCAAAUCUGUUUUCUCAACUAGCAAGAUUAAUAGAAUAAUCACAAACAAGCCAGUUGGUUCAAGAAAACCCUUCUGUCCCCCCAGAAUACAGAAUGAGAAAGCUAGAAUUUGUCCAAUAUGAUUAAUUAAGUGCCAUGAAGAACAGGAAAACAAGAGAAUCAAAACGAUCUGUGUAAUGCACUCUCAUCCCAAGCACCUUCUUUCCUGUCAUGUGAUGGUUUUCUGAAGGAGGUUUAAGAAGGCCUCAGUUUGCCUUAAAGGAACUGUGAAAGCUUCUCUGUAAUCUAAGCUUGAUUGGAGAGAACUGCAACAUUGUCUAAUGUGUUUGUGGCUUUAGAGCUUUUGUUAUAUUGUGCCUACAAAGCAAAUUAUGUUUACACAAAAAUAUAAAUAAAGUAUUCAGCAUAGCAUAA